AUGGGCAGCCCGCAGCAGAGCCCCAGUGCUGACCCUGCACCCUGCUGGGGAGCUCAGUCUGCUGGGCGCCAACCUGCCAAGCACCCAACAUGCCAGGAGCCGAGCUUACAAGACCUCGCUGGCCCCCUGGCUGCUGGCCCACUCAUCUCCGUGCUGCUCCUAGCCGAGGACACGGCCCUGCAGGUACUCCUAGAUGACUUCGACUUGGUGCUGGAACCCCAGCCCACAAAAGCCCUGCGAGUGUGUCUCCCGGGACACACCCUCAUCCUGAUCCCAGAGGCCCUAGUGCUCUGGGGGGAACACGAAGGAAGGGGCCACCAGGGCCACCUGCCUGACGAGCUGGAACCCCGCGCUUUCCUGGGCACCAAUGGGGAGGUCGUGGCCAUCCAAGUGGGAGCCUUCCAUGCCCGUUUCCCUGAGGAGCCCCCAAGCCCACCUCAAAGCCCCAUCAUGCAUCCUGAGCCCCAGGCCCCUAUCCCAGGUCCUCACAGGAGCCCUGAAGGCCCCUACUUCAGUCUGCGCUUACACCUGCUUCAGUCCUGCCUCAGCUCAGCGCUCCAGCCCCUGCCUGCGUCUCCCAGUCCAGGGGCCCAAGAGCGUCCCAUGAGUUUUCCGGAUCGUCCUCGCUGCAAAGCCCGCAGGCGCCUCUUCUAG